CGCCAUGAAUAACCCUACCAAGAAUUCGUGGUUUCACAGGGAAACCUACUGCCAAUGAACUAGAUCUCAACUUGCCAAGUCAAACUGGCCAUUCAUACUCGUCGACUCAUAAUGUUCGUCAGUUCAGUCUAGAAAAGUGUAUAGAAUUCUUGAAUUAGGGGACUUUAAUAAGAGCCUGGGGUGACGCGUCAAACGUCAAUGGACGCACCCAGCCAGUUGUCAACGUGCACCAUUCAUUUCCUUUGACAUGUCCUCAGAAAGACUAUCGGCGCUCACGGACCCUUCUCUCGAAAGAGUUGUGUACGUCGUGCGUCAUGGUGAGAGGAUAGACCAAAUCGAUCCUUCUUGGUCCAACACUGCUCCCGAACCAUAUGAUCCGCCACUGACAGAGUUGGGCGUCGCUCAAGCUCAACGGACAGGACAGUACAUUGCUGAAGAUCGGCAAAGAAAUGGUUAUAAGACUGCGCUCACGGUCUUGUCAAGUCCUUUCUAUCGAACCCUGCAGACAGCCGAAGGAAUCAUUCAUGGAGUUACAAAGCACUCUAGUUUGGCCGAACGGCCUGCUAUGUAUCUAUAUCCACCUCUUAGCGAAUGGCUUGCCAGAGAUUACUUUCCGGAACCGCUACCCGACGACUCUUUUACCCACGCUAACCGCAUACGUCAAUUCCCUGUCCUUGAGCCACCAAAAGUCGACUUUCCCACUCCGCUCCCACCGUAUCCAGAGUCCCGUACGGAAAUGCGUCAACGAUUCCUGCACUCGUUCCUUGAUGCCAUUGAAAAUUAUUCAUCGCCAUCUACACACUUGAUUCUUGUCUCGCACGGAGCGGGAUGUCAGGCGAUUCCUCAGCAAUUAGCAGCCGCACAAAUUGUGAGACCUUUUGAACUCCGCAUUCCCGAAACGCCCUAUUGUUGUGUCACAAAGCUUGUAAAGAAGCUCAAUGAGAAGGAGUGGUGUUUGGAGGUUUGUGCCGGGACGCAGCACCUGACGGAUCUGCUUGAGCGCACGGGAACCGAAUUUGUUGUAAAGUGUUAAACUGGAAGGGGGCGCCGGACCGACUGGCCAAUGAGUCUCUAAAUGGUUAGAACAAGCAGGUAGCGACGGAUAAUGUCCUUACAAACAAUUCAAAUACGUCUAGACUUGCAAAAGAAAUACCAGCUAUAUACACAUUAUUAUUAAGAUUUUUCAAUAUACACAAAAGGCCAUUGCAAUAGCAAUGUUGUUUUUUUCUAAUAAAAGC